GUCAAAUCCGACAAAAUUUCGAAAUCUCACUUUCACAAGUUACUUGUUACCAGGGCUGUCGCUAAGAUUUCAAGUUGCCAGGUGUAUGCAAUUAGUAGAUGGGAAACUGAACAGCUGGUUAUUUUGGGGGGUUCUAUUUGAGGUCCUGCCCAUGGUAGCUGGAGGAAAUCCCCAGUCUGCAGCCCUUAGUGGCAGCCCUGUUCACCCAAAGAUUUUAAGCCAAAACACCAUUUUGUAAACCCAGAAAAGCAACAGCCAAAUUGUCCUUAAUAAUAAUUUUUUAUCAUUUAUCAUUUGCAUUUAAAAACUUGAAUGUAUCAUCAUUCACACAUCUGGGAAAUGUUGAUGUGUGGUUCUGCAAGUGAAGGUUUUGCGUACUAAGUAUUGGUGUUUACCCCAGCUCUAACAUUGGACUCUUAUUACAGUAAAAGCAUAACAUAACAUUACAUUGCUUAUUCGCAAAUAGAUAAUUGCACACAAUGUAUUGCUAUUCAACUGGUACAGACUUUUCCAUUGCCAUAUUAACACUGAAGGGAUGCACGAAGUGAGAAUCUGAUGUCAAAUUCUCCCUUUCACCAUCAAAAGGUGAAGGUUGGCUUUUUUCCCCAUUUAUUAAAUAAUUCUUAGUAUCAUAUUGAUGAUUUGAAUUAAUGUGGUGGUGUACUGUUUACAGGAAGUGUUUGCUGUGUCAGGAACCAUACCCCGCCCAAGAAAGUAUGCAGCAAUUGUGCAUUACUACCAGCCCAAGCAUUCUUCAUUUGAUGCCAAAGUGUCUAUCACCAGUGACCGUGCAGUAGAUGGGACUGUCAAGUUCCAUUACUGUCCUCAUGCAUCAGGCUGCAGAUCAGUCAUCAGGGACAUAAAUUCGGAAAAUAUCUUUGACAUUGGACGCACAUCUGUUGGCUUGGAGUUUAACAUUCCUGCAAACGCAUCAACUUGGAUUGUAAGAUUUUAUUGAUCUUUUCUCUUUUAAGUGAGGAAAACACCACUGACAGGGACUGUUUUUUUUGUUUUAGUAAAUGCUUUCUUGCUCCUUACUAUGGAUGCAUUCACACCUAAAUCACACCUAAAAAUAAAAAAGAAGUUCUGGUGUAUUUAAGGAUUUGUUGUGUUCAGUGUUUUAGGGCUGUAAAUUUAUUGGUUCCUUCUUUAGAUAUCGAGUCACAGAUUAUGUACAGCAAAAGAAACGAUACAUCAUUACAAUCAAACAAUAAAGCCACCAGAGAACUCUAUUGUUUGUUUCCUUUGGUUCUUUUGUGAUGACAUUAUGAUUACCUGCUGGGAUAUUUAAAGAAAGUCAUUCAACUUCCUGUCCCGUCGCAGUGUACAUAAUGUGACUUGUGCUUACCUUUUUUUUCAGGAUUACGUGCUGCUCAUUCCAGAAGGUUCAUUCACUGAAGAACUGCAACAGGAUGCCCCAGUUCCUUUAACUCAAGAAUUCCUUGACACCUGCAGUAAAGAUAAUUUCUUCAUCAAGUCCUCCGAUCCACAGUUUUGCAAAGACUCUGUAUUCUCACUCACGACAAGCUUUAACAAUGGCAGCUUCCCCUGUGGCUGUCAUCCCAGAGGAGCUUAUAACAAUGACUGUAAUAAGUUUGGUGGACAGUGUUUAUGUCGGCCUAAUGUGAUUGGUAGAACUUGCAGCAGAUGCAAGACAGGAUACUAUGGCUUUCCAAACUGCAGAAGUAAGUUUGACCUAUCACAUUUUAUCAUCUGCAGCAUAAUUGUGUAAAGGGGAUUUAAAAACAACCCACACACUGUUUCUGUUCAAAAUUAGUUAAGAAUAAUAUGUUUCCCUCAUGUUGUGGUCUACCUCUACCUCUGCUAUUACAGGCACAUUACAUACAUGUCGUGAGUUGGUUGAGUAUAGUAAGCACAUUAACAGACCCAUAACGUCAGCCCAUGGCACUCUUGUUUGCAGACAUCCAAGCUUACCAAUCAUAUAUGAUUUAAAGAGGACAUAUAUUGUAGUCCAUUACAUGUAUUAGACCAUAAAAAUUGCUAAAAAAUGGAAAAUUUGGGGUUAAUGGAUUUAGCAAGGUUUUAUUCAAAAGAUAAGUUUGAUUCACUCACAAUCCAUGCCAUGCUAAUGACUUGUUUACAUCUCUAAGUAGUAAUUGUGAUUUUUAAUAUCAAUUUCAGAAUGCCGCUGUGUCUUCUGUAAUGAAGUCACUGGAGCUUGCGACUGCCCUAAGAACACAGUAGGUCCAAACUGUGAGUCUUGUUUGCAGGGAACCUAUGGCUACGACCCAAUCCUUGGUUGUCAGGAUUGUGAGUGUGAACGAUUUGGUGUAGCUGAUGGCCUAUUAACCUGUGAAGCAAAGACGGGCCAGUGUAAAUGUAAACCAUCGCACACUGGUCGACAGUGUAAUAAGUGCGCAAAAGGUUAUUACAACUACCCUUUGUGUCAAAAAUGUGACUUGUGUGAUGCAAGGGGAGUUGAUGAGAGAAUCUGUGAUGGUGUUACUGGGCAGUGUUUCUGUAAGGUAAGGCAAAAGUUUAGGAAAAUAAUUAAGAGACGUGAUUAAUAGUGGUCAAAUGUUAAUCAAAUGUUUGGCAAACAUUGGUGCUAUAUAUGCCAUUACUUAGAACUCAUAAAAAUUUCUGACCCUGUAUUCAACUUGAGUAAUGUUUAUUUAUGGUUCAUUUCAGCCUGGGGUGGUUGGACAGCGGUGUGAUAAAUGUGCAGCAGGAUAUUUCAAUCUUGAUGCAAACAACCCCAAAUGGCUGUACAGAGUGCUGGUGUAAUGGUCUCUCGGACACUUGCUUUAGUAGUAACAAGUUCUGGUAAGAGAGGAAAAUCAACUUCAGCUCUUAAUGUCAUUCAUGGUAUAACAGUGAUCAAAACAAAGGCCUUCACACACUUAAAACUUGCACAGGGACCCAAAGAAAAGUUAAGCAUUCAACAUUACCCAUAAUACACCUUGUAAACCCCCUCAUAGGACAACUGUGCAAAAGGAUCUAGUUGAAAAGAGGUUUCUUGAACUUUUCAGGUCAUUAUAAAUUAACUGGUCAGCGCUCAAUGUUUUGAGUUUCCUUCAGGUUAAUAUUUCUCUAUGGCAGAUCACUGGUUUUAACUUCUGCAGCCUGAUUCAGAUGUCAUUAACCACCUCAUUACAAGGUGUAUAAGAGCAUGGACAUGGCUAGCUGUCAAAGAAACCAGUCUCUCUUCAAUAUGAUAUGGAAUAAAGUCUACUAAUGCUCUCUGUUAAAAUGUGAUUGUGUUGUUUCUACAGGUCAAAAGUGGUCAACAUGUCUGAUUGGACUUUAGAGAACACUCCAGCAUCAGUGCAGAAACUUGGAAACACCAAUCUGUAUGCCUCUAUAAGCAGUCAAAGGAAUGAUAAGGGUAAACCAGUCUACUGGGUGGCACCUAAAGAUUACUUGGGCAAGAAGGUUAGCAGAUUGACGAUGACCUUAACUUCAGACUUUCUUUUUGCAACUGCAUUUAAGUUAUGUCAGUCUUAAACUGCGAUGAUCUGCUUUACAUCUAUUGUUUCAUUCUGCGGUUUUAAUGCGUGAAAUUCAUAUAUUCAUCACUUCUUCUUCAUUUUUCGCAAGUAUAUUAUGAACCAGUUUGAUGACCAGCUCCUCGUUGGCUUGCUAAAGCUCAAUUGGUUAGAGUGCUGUAAUGGUAUUUGCAGAGGUCAGGGUUUGAAUCCCAGCGAGCCUUUCUUUUCACAGUUCCAUAAGUUGCCUCUCUAACUGCAAUUAUCUUCUUUUAGCUUUUAUUUUAACUUACAUUCUUGUUUAUUAGUAUACUAAAAUUUGCAACUAAACUGAUGCUUAAUGUUAUAUUUCCCAUGGGUCUAAUGAAAAAUGUAGUCUUGUCAGCAGCUGAGAAGCCAUCUUGACUUGUGCAAAAGAUGGCUUCUGUAGUUGAAAACACGCUUACGGCAAUAGCUGACCUAGGAAUCAUCCUGUCCAACUCUGGAAGGCAUGCAGUGGGAACCCUUCCAAUAAGCUUCUCACUCUCUGUGUCAACACCAUAUUUUCAGUCAGGGUGAUGAUUAUAGUAAUGAUGAUGGUGAUAUUGAUGGUAACAACAGUGCAACAAUGUUCAUGAGGAUAAUGGUGGUGAGGAUUAUGACAACAAUGUAUAUGAUGUUGUUGUAACUAUGAUGGAAGUAAUAAUGUUGUUGAUGAUGAUGGUGAUGAUAGUUGAAGAUGAUGAAGUGUCACCUGCCUAUUUUCAGAUAACUUCGUAUGGUGGAAAACUUACGUACACCCUAGGAUAUGAAAUACCUCAAGGAGGCAGCCUUCCCGUACUCACAACUAAACCUGACAUCGUGAUUGAGGUAUCUAGCUAUGAUCUUGAUUAGCUUCUCGAUCUUUACUUACAUUGUAUGGAAGGAACUUGCAGCUCACAUAACAAUGUGUAAAAAAAUGACUAUUGAGAGCCAACACAAUUUUGAUCAACCAGUUUUAACAGGCUACCUGUAAAAAAAUGGAAACUCAUUGCACUCUUUACUCGAUUUUUGGGAUUGUGCCAUUUUAGGGUAAAAAUAAAAAAGUUCUUCAGUACAAGAAACAGCUGGAACUUUCACCAGGAGUAACCUCAUCCAUUGAAGCACAGUUUCUGGAGGUGAGUUAGCUUAGUGUUAGUCAGUCUAAAGUCUGCUUUUAUACCAGUGGGCAAGUGAACAUUGAUGCAUACACUAAGCAGUGUACCAUGCAAACACUUUUGCUCCAUAUUUUCCAGGUGGCCACUCAGUUCAUGUAGUCAAGUAUAUUCAUGCAUAACUGUUAAGUUAUGAUGAUGAUUAAGUAAAGGUACUUAACAAAAAGAGAAGAUAAAUUGACUCAUGCCGAAAAACAUUAUAACUCAUAAACUCAUUAAUUUAAGCCUACAUGUGCUUACCACAGCUUGAGAUUAACCUUCCCUAAUUCCAUCUAGUGAGAUAAAGAAAGAGCUCAGUGGCACCACUUUUUAUGUUAAGUUUUUUGCCCUUUGUUCAGUUUAUCUCUGAUCAUUACUUUUGGUAUUUUAUGAGAACAUACCCUUACUGUCCUUGACUAAUAUUGAACAACGUUUGUGUCUCAUAGAAUUUAUGGGAAGAUGCAAGUGGAUCAAAUGUUACUCGAGAUGAUUUUAUGUCAGUGCUACUGGACAUAAAAUCCCUUAAACUAAGGGCAACAUACAGUACAGAGGUUGCAGAAGCGACACUUAAUGAUGUUGUCAUGAAUGUGGCUGUUGAUGGACCUGUAGAGGGAGUGACAAGGGCCAGGAGUGUUGAAAUAUGUAACUGCCCAGAAAGAGCCACUGGAUCAUCUUGUGAGGUUAGUUCUUAAUCUAGAAGUAAUUUUGUCCUAAUAGGUGUAGGCAGUAUUUCUCUCUUUAUCUCUGUUUACUCCCCUUACUAAGGCCCCUGAAGGAUUUUUUCCCCAGUGUUUCUCGCUCAGAGACCUAUCAGUAGAUGGAUACAUUUUAGAAGGCUGCCGAGCUUACUGGGAGAGGGACUUAUUCGGAGGGGGGCUGAAAGCAACAGGAACUUUUUUGGGGCUUGUUAUUAGGGAGCCUUUUUGGAGAGGGCAUCUUAGGAGGAAGAAGGACAUUUAUAAGCAGCGGGCAGUAAUUAGAGGAUGGAGUCUAAGUAAUACAUUUUCCUGUCAUAUUGGAAAUUAUAAGUUCGUUUUUGUUUUUUAAUCAUAGGUUGUUUAGCCUCAUAAGCUGACAUUCAUAUGAAGUACUAAGAAUGUCUGUGUUGUUGGUUCCAUUUUAUCCUUGGUUUUUUUAUUUUUUUUGUUGUUUUGUUUUUGGGUAUGGUAAUGUAUGAUAAUGGUUUUGAAGCAAAGGAAAGUAAAAUUUUUUAUAUCAAGGAUAAAAUUGAACCACAACAUCUGCAUAGCAUACAGUUAAAAAAAAAACAAACAAAAAUAAGAACACAACAGUUGAUAAGAAAAAAUUAAGGACUUGAAGACACUGGUGUACACUUAUCAUUCAACAGACAGGGAUAGGCUGUCAAAAGUUGCUGAAUAAAUAAUUUUGAUGCUUGCUUUCUGUUUUCAGCUUUGUGGAAAGGGUUAUACCAGAGGUGCUGACAAUAGUUCAUGUAUUCCUUGUAACUGCUUUGGUCAUUCCUCUGAAUGCCAUGAUGAAACAGGAGAGUGCAUUUCUUGCCAACAUAACACGACUGGUAAGGCUUUUGGUAUAUGAAAGGGUAGGUGUUUUACUAAUUUGGUCAGUAAAAAGGCUCAAAACGGCAAACAGAUUCAUUUUAUGGCUAAGAAAAAGUUGAGAAAACGUCCCGGUUUUGUGAUUUUUCCUUUUUUGAAGACAGUGUAUUUACAGCAGUUAAAAGGGAUGCAAAGUUCUAAACUACAGUCUCAGUCAGAAUUGUUGGGACACUACUGUCUUUUUACCCUCCCAAUGUUGGUGUGCAAGAUUUGGUGAGUUAACUGUGAUAAGCAACAUUGGGAAGACGAGAAGACGGACCAGAAGUAAAAAAAACAGCGUUGGGUGAAAGUGUCCCAACUAUUUUUGUCUGAGACUGUACGUAUGGGAAAGGGGUACCAUUUGUGAAUUAGGGGUUUACGAAAAGGGUACCUUUUCUGCCAAAAAUGGUAUAUAAUAAGGUAACGAGUUGGAUCUCGGGGUGGAGCCUCCCCAUAUGAAAUUUUGUUGAACACCUCCUCCGCCCUCCAAGGAGGGCCUGGGGGGGAGGGGCAAGGGUCUAGGCAAGUCAUGUUGCAACUAAAUCGUCAACUAAAGGUGAUGCUACACGGGACGAUUCGCAACGACGAUUUUUAGCGCAAUACAGCGUUGCAAUGCUGGAAUAAUGUUUAACCAUUCAAAACAAUGUUGCAACAAUGUUGCAAUGUUAUGUUCUGCUAAAAAUCAUCGUUGAGAAUCAUCUUGGGUAACAUCACCUUACGACAAGCAAGCUUAGGCCCUCAGGGCAUGCAAAAUGUGAGAGCUGCUUGUACAAAUGACAAACUUGAAUUUAGGUUUUCUUGUAGCCCUGCCUGCGUGAUUAUCAUAUACCUGCGGAAAAUUAUUGUGGAUUUAUAUAGGAUCUUUUUCACUGGAUUUUCCGUUUGUGUCAGGGAUGGAGAAUGAGAGAAAUUUUGUUUUGAAGUAGCCCAGAUAAUGUAGCAGUCAUUAAUUUAGUGAAGUAGUUUAAUUUACCUUUUGGUACAUGGGAAUAUUCCUUUCUACAUUUUUUAGGUCGGAACUGUGAGGUAUGUGAACCUGGUUUUUUUGGUGAUGCCACUGGAGGGUCUCCUCUGGAUUGCAGAAUUUGUGAAUGUCCAUUGGGAACCACCUCCAAUAGUUUUGCCUCUUCCUGCUCUCUUGAUCCUCUCAAUCAGCUUCUGUGUAGCUGUAGGGAGGGCUAUACUGGACGUACUUGUGAGAGAUGCGCCGAUGGUUUCUAUGGUGACCCAACUCAACCUGGAGACUAUUGUAAGAGGUGUACAUGCAGUGGAAAUCUUGACUCUAGUGUAAACGGAAGCUGUGACACCCUAACAGGACAGUGUCUCAAGUGCUCCAAUGCUGCUACAGGGGAUGACUGUGACCGCUGUCUGACUGGUUACUAUGGCGAUGCAGUUGUUGCCAAGAACUGUGCAAGGUGUGCAUGCAGUGACUGUGGCACUGUCACGGCAGUUUGUAACCACACUUCUGGGUUUUGCCAGUGUAAACCCAAUGUCAUUGGAGAUCACUGUGAUAGCUGCAAGGUAAAGUAAUACACAGUUGUGUGGAUGCUUCUCAAGGUACACUGUACUUCAUUUAGUGACCAAGCUCCCCCCCCCCCCCGUCCCCCUUAAUGAACUCUAAAGAGCAAUAUUUUAGCAGAAGAGUACUGCCCCUCUAGGAAUAGUUUGUCAACCCAAGCCUCUAGUUGGUGCCAAUUUGUUCACAGGAAUACUGGAAAGGUUUUUUGGUUUGAGUGAAAAUUAAUUGUUUUCAUAAUAUUGUAUUGUAAUGUCAUGCUGAAGAGCUGAGUAAUUCUCCUUCUUACUUCCAGUCCCUAUUAACUUUAAUCUUUAGUGCAUUUUCAGUGUAUAUAUUUUGUUUUACCACUAAAUAACAAAUCAACAGUACAAAAACUACAAGGUUAGAGCACAACAUGGACCUAUUUAUAGAUGCUCAAGGCAGCAAAUUGCCAAAAGUAUUUUGAAAUGAUCAGUGGCAAUUGGAAACUAUGAACAGAGCUUGAAUAUAUUCCAGAGGAAAAUGCCAGAAACAUUCCCACAUUCAAGUAGUAGUGUUCAUUAAAAUUAGAAUUAGGGAAGCUAAAUGAAAUUCUUAAUAUCGUUUUCUUGGAAACUGAAGAGCGUUGAUUCUUGGAACCUUGAAAAGCAUUCUGAUUUCUUUGUCUAGGCAAACACGUGGAACUUUGACAGCUGUCUUGGCUGUGAAGACUGUGACUGUUCACCAGCCUCCUUGUCAGAGUCAUGUGAUGUUAAAACAGGCCAGUGCCAGUGCCCUGAGGGUGUAACUGGAAGGAGAUGUGACAGGUGUAAAGCAGGCUACUUUAACUACUCUGAUGUUGGUUGUACGCGUAAGUACAAUGCUAAGUAACAAAUCAAUUUGUUCUCUACUUAGCAAUUUGUUUAAAUGAUUCAGAUUGGAUCUCCAACUUGAUGUGAUGCUGGUCUUCCCAAAUCAAUCUUUCUUAACAGAAGUGGCCGAAGUAGAAAAACGGAUAGUAAAAACGUGAAAGUACUGCCAAAAACUUUUCACUUGCGUUUUGUCCAGAGACUUAAAAGUUGCUAGACGUGUCGGUACUACACAUGUACCUUGUAACUUCCUCUUAGGGAUAUACAACUCUUCAAUAAGACAUUUACAACAAAGUGGCCGAUGUAAUCAGUUGUAAGCCUCACUUUUAGCAACAACUUGCUAUUAUUCAAAGUUAUGAGCAAAUAAAAAAUAAAUUGACGGGGAGGGAUAUUUAAAACCUUGUUUCCACGUGAUCUGGGACAGGAUCGGCCACCUUUCUGCAACUCACUGGAGAUAUAUGCUUGGCACCAAAAUAAACUAGGAGUUUGUUAUUUCAUGAGCAGAACAUUAGUCUGUUUACACUGGAAUCAUCUGAUCACAUCCAAUGUGGACGGCUUUCCUCUGUUUGUAGACCGCCCUGGACCACUACAGACUGUCUCAUGGAAGCCGGGCUUAACUUGGGUCCUGCUGUUCUUCAUACACUUUUUGUCCGGCGCUUGUGACGUGACCAUAUUAUAUUGGUUUCACUCACUCCAUUUUCCUUCCUUUCCUUGUUUAUCACCUUAGUGAUGCAUAAUAAUGUAAAAUAAUUUCUUUUUUAGCCUGCAACUGUGAAAAAGGCCAGGGGUCCGAAAACCUCUAUGGUUUCUGUGACGUCAACACAGGGCAAUGUUGUAAGGAAGGAGGAAAUUGUACCAUCUGCCCUCUAAACUACAUCCUCACACCUGAGGGCUGUGAAUACUGUGGCGAGUGUGUGGGCCGUCUUUUGAAGACAGCCACUGCCUUGGAUCGCAAUCUUACCCUGGCUCUGAAGUUAGUAGAACAGGGCUCAGCAGGAAUUAUUGCACAGGGAAGAUUCUCAGAUAUCAAUGAAACGCUUCAGAGGUACUGCAAACUGCUCUAUUUUUAUUCUUGUCAAGAGUGAAAGAUUGUUUAUCUGACAAUAUGUUUUUGUUUUUAAUUUCUCAGUCUGAUUCCACCAACAAACCAAUAUAAUGAAACUAUGGAAGUGGUGUCGAAGAUUGUGGGAAUCUCCUCUGUAAAUGGUAAACAAGUGUUUUCCCUUUCUUUUGUCAGCUUUAGUUUUGUAACCAUUGGUAUGCCGGUUCUUACAUGACUUUUCCACUCAUCAGUGAACUUACGCAAAAGGACGGCAGACUUUGUGUAACAAGCGUGACAAUAACAGUGUUUGUGAAAAAUUUUCCACCAAACUUCACCUUUCUUUAAACAGAUCUUUUUGUUAAAGACAAGAACAUAGUACUAUGAAGUGAAGAUCGCCACAAAACACGUUAACAGCUGCUAAUAGCUCUGUCACGUUUAUCACGAGACAGAUCACCCUAAUCAAUUCUGCAUGGCUGUUCACAGUGAAACGUGAAUAGUGAACGUAAAAGUGUCUGUCUGAACAUUAGAGUGUUUUAUCCCUAGAAUCUGAUGCUGUCCAAGGAAGUCUUAUCGACAGGACACAGCGCUAUGAGAUGACAACUGAAGAAGUUGAAAAUGAGGUCAAGGAAGUAGCAGUGAAAGCAACAAAGGCUUUGUCAAAUGCCACAUAUACUAAGGAGGAAGCUUUAGCUUUAGAGAAAGAAAUUAGAGAUGCUGUCAACAGGACACGAGGUAAAAUAGUUAGUACAGUCAAAUUCCGCCUUACGGACACCCACUUUACAGUGGCGGAUGCAGACCUUCAGAUAAGGGGGGCUGGGCGGUCAUCCACACCCUGAGAUAAGGGGGGGGGGGGCCGGGGUCGAAAAACGUUUUUUCGGCCCUUCAGGCCUCAUUUUGGUCGAAAAAUAAGGGGGGCGGCCCCCCCGGGCCCCUCCCCUGAAUCCGCCACUGCUUAAUACAGACGCCUCGUUAUUAUGAACAGUUUGCUUUACCCCUGGGGAAGGAAAGCGCUGACAUUUUCUGUAAAUUCAGCUGGACAUCUCGUUAAUACAAACACUUUCAAUGGCCCCCUCAGUGUCCUUUUAAACGGGGUUUGACUGUAGAGACUUGAUUUUGAAUGUCAAAGCAGCUACAACGCCGAACGAAAUAGCUAAAACACUCGGAUCUGUACAAGUUUUUUUGGGCACCACCCACCCCUCCCCUAGCCUAACGUUAACUCUGGCUUCUCUAGUAGGGUGAAAUGCUGGGUUAGGGGAGGGGUAGGUGGGCAGUUUCGCGGAAUCCUUUACCUAUCCGAACACUUCCAAUUCCCCUUAACAACGUUGAAAACAGUUUGUGUUGGACAUCUGUUGCAAACAUCUUGGGUUUUUCUCCCCUAUAUUUCAGCUAUUAAUGACCGAAGUUGUAGCUCUCGUCAUUUCUGGUAAUUUCUGCACUUUCCAAACCAUUGUAGAAUCAGUUACUGAAGUAUCAAAAUAACUGCUUCAAAGUACAUGUACAGAAGAAUACAAUAGGAAUACAAAACAGCCAAAAGGGAGUGCAGAUGGGUAGUACUGAAGAAGGCUAAAUUGGAUUGUAUUUAGGUUAUCUUGAAAAACAGUGGCCUGCUGAUUAAUUAUGCACUAUGCAGAACCCAUCAAAAAUAUAGAGAAUAUGUGGAAAACAUGUCGAAAAGAUGUCUCAUCAUUGCUGUGUGGCCAAUUAGUGCAAUUCAAAAUCAAUAGAAAAGGUUAUGAAAGUUGAUUAAAUCAUCACCAAAGAGAAAAUGCUGUAGAUACGUCUGGUGAAGUUUGUGUGUGGAUAUCGGGGCUUAUGUAACAGUGAUGCUGGACAAACGGUAGCUAGUGGACUUACUACGGUUUUUUCCAUUGCAGACAUUGUUAACUUUGCAAAAGAAAUAGCAGCAACCCUCAAGUCAGACAAAGCAAACCAGACACGUCUUUUGGAAAGAGCUGAAGAAAUAUUGACAGAACUAAACUUCACUACUACAAAUGAGACACUCGUCAAAGAACAGGAGCUUGCUAUGUCUUCUCUGAGCCAAGCAAAGACCUUGUUAAACAACACUUUGAGACUGUGGAAUGACCUCAACCAAGCCAACAGAACCCUUGAUGAAUUGUUGGGAAUGUUUGGAGCAAUUCUGGAUAAGACUGGUGGAGUUCUGGAAAAUGCCAGCCUAGCUAUGGAUACAAACAAGAAAAGCAGAGAUUAUGAUUCAGAGGUCAGUACAUUUGUUACAAGUCAAAAUUAUUUUCAGAUUAAAUUUUUUUAAUCUUAAUUGAUUCUCUAUUUCCUUUAUCUCCUAGCCCUAAUAAUUCAUGAAUCAAGGCUAGGCGACAAGGGAAACUGAGAAUCAACCCCUGGUCCCCAUGUUAAACAAAUUUAACCUGAAUAUAAUUUUGACCUUUAGCAUAUUUCUUAUAUAUGUAAGAGUUUGACUUUGUUGCAAAAUUUCUUGACCAACGAGGCUAUGUGUAAAAUUUUUUGGAGAUGAACUCUCUGAUCGGUUUAAGGUGUGUCUAGAACUUGAAUGAAGACUGCUCUCUUAAUGAAAUUUAGAUCCACUUUGAACGUCCAAAGUAUUAACUCAGAAAGGCACCGAUCACAUACUUUUAUAUAGAAAAGGAAUACUUUUUCAACCAUUAUGAUUAGGUCUAUUUAGAAAUGGUAGAGACAAGUACUGUUAAUUGAGUCUAAUUGAUAAUUGAUAAUUGGUAGCUUUCACUCUCUAAGAUCAGCAUUAUUCUUCAUAAUGAUGAUUGUGGUGAUUAUUUUUUUUUUCGUAAUGAUGAUGAGGAUGAUUGUGAUGGUGACGUUUAACCCUGUUAAGUAUCUUAUUGACGACGAAAAAAAAUUAUCAUUUCUUAUUGUUAUGAUGUGUGUUAUAUUUAGACACCACUUACAGAAGCAAUGACCAAGAAGGAAGAUGUGGACAGUUCACUGAUGGACCUGCAAGACGAGAUCGACUCUGCAAGCAGUAAACUGAUCAAUGCUAGUAAUAACUUUCAGGUAGAUGUCAUUACCAGUGUUGGAAAGGGGAGAGUACCCAGUUACGACAACUAUGAGAAGUAGAACUUUGCUAAUAUAGCAAUCAAGUCAGUUUUACUCCAUCAACACGAGACACUGCUGGGCAGCGGUCUCCACCACUGUUCGUAUGUGGGGCAGUCUUGAGUUUUAGCAGGGCCUUAGUGAUUUAACAGUGCUUUCGCAGGAGUCAAUCAUUUUGCUCAAGUGGCUUUUGCGUGCAGUAGUUAUAGUUGUUUUUUGCCUCCAGCCCUCCUCCUUUCUGGAUGCUCUUUAUGGUUUUUUACCCGAAAAACAGAUUCCCUCAAAUUGACCCCCACACCGCUAAUGAUUGCAAAACACAUAACAGCCGUUAAUGUUUUUUGUCUAAUUAAGGAGUACGUCUGAUGUUCUGUUGAGGUUGUUAUCUGUUUUUUCCCACAUAUUUUCAGUCGUUUAAUGAGAGUUUCGCACAACUAGACGACCUUAUUGACCAAGUCAACAAGAGAAUUGCUAAUCUAUCCCAAGCUCUGGACGAGCUCACGCCGUCAGUGAACAUGGCCAACAAUUAUUCAGAACAACUGCGCAAGCAGGCGGAUGACCUGGAGGAUCUUCUUAAAGACAUUGACUUUGCUCGCAAAGCAGUGAAUGCUUCAAAGAGAUAUUCAGACAUAGUCGACGCAUUAAAUGAAUCACUUGCCAUUGCCCAGGAAGCAGAGGAAAUAGCCAUGGAUGCAAGAGAUAAGGUACCGAUUUUGGAUCAGUUUUGGUUUCCGGGAAACCACCCACCUCACAAAGAACGCAGUUUCUAAAAUCACAUAAAUUAUGCACUCCAAGGUUAAUGCCAAUGCAGCAAAUUAAUAAAAUCGGGGAUCAAUUCAGGUUGCUGCAUUGGCAUUAACCUUGGAACGCAAUAUUUUAAGUGAGAAUUUUAGAAACUGCGUUUAAGGGAGGGGUAGGUACUUCAGUUAUGCGGUUUUGCGAAAAUUUGGCCGAAAAACGACAGAUUUGGCGCAUUCAGACCACUGCUGCAACUAUAUUUUGCGAUUGUUGGGCAGUUCCGCAAAGUUUAGCUGCUCAAACAAUAAUAGUCGCCUUUAUUAGAAUUAAGGAUGUUUCUAGCAUUCGAGCAACUUCUGGAACAAGAAACGAGAAAGUUUAUUUUGAUAUACAAAUCUAAUACGUGCACCCACUCCGUCAGAAAAAAAAAAUAAAGCAAAAUUGCAAAUACUAUUUUGUAAAGCACGGGGAAACAAAUGGUACUACCCAUAAUAGUUAUUACCCCCUACGAGAUUUCUUAUGAAUGGUCACAUCUUACAAUUUUGCUACAGUUCCUUUUGAGGCCUCAGUUUUUUAAAGGGAGGAUAACGUUAUAUCCUGUUGCAGGGGUUCAGAUAGUGGGGUUGGGGGGUGGCAGUGAAAGGGUUAAGUAUUAAAUAAGGUGUCUCUUGCUGUGCGGCAGGCCCAAAAUGUCAGCGGGCAGGCGGUGAAAUCUCAGAAUACCAGCUCUAUCCUUAAAGAGACAGCUUCAAAGACAGAAGAUAAAGUCGAUAAUGAGUUGAGCAAACUCCUUGAUUACAUCAAGAAAAGACUGGAACUUAUCAGGGCUAAAAUUAGAAACGUAUCUAAUGACUUGGCCGGUGUACAAGGAAACUUCCAGGAGUUUGAUGACAUGGCUGGCCGUAUCGGUAAGUGCAGCCUUUGUACGUCUUUAUGGCCUCUUGUAUAUUUUUGUACAACAACGAUCGCAAUGAUAGGUGAUAAUGAUAAUGACGAUGAUUAGUGAUAAUAGUAAUGAUGAUGAUUAUAAUGAUGCUGGUUAUGCUGAUGAUGAUGAUGAUAAUAAUGUCUCCUCCUUUUUCUCUUUCUUUGCGUUCAUGUUACCAUUCCAUCUAUUAGUUCUUUUUCUCCGUUUCUUUCUUUCCAAGUGUUCAAAAUGCGUGUAUAGAGUAUCAAUUUUUUUCUUCGUCAUCAAAUUUCCAGGCUCCGUUUGUUCAAAUACUGGAUAGCCCUAUCCACCGGAUAAAUCGCUAUCCAGGGGGUCACUUUAGUUAACCUUAUCUUAUGCACUUGCCUGUUCUGUGCUCGGUAUUUAAACUAUCAGAGCCGGGUAUUUAUAAUAACUGAACUCAAUAGGCCUCCAGGCCUGUUUGAAAUGCGUCUAUUGAAAGUAUGUGAAUGGUUCUCGAGAGUGGUCUGCAAGCCCCCUGGACAUUUUGAGCAGCUACACUGUUUAGAUGUGAGAGAUUGUCAUGUUAUAUUGUAAGCGCAGAUGUGCGGUUUGGGAUAUUGAUUGAUUGAUAUAUUGAUUGAUUGCUUGCUUGAUUGAUUGAUAAUGACAUGCUGGUCUGUCUGGUCAUUGCCUUUGUGUAGAGAUUUUGAGCUGUUAGCUGGUAUCAAGUAUCAUGUCGCUUGCGUAGUGGUGGUCGUUGGUAGAGGUAUCGUUGUGUAUUAUAAAACACCAAGACAUGUGGUGAUCAAACGGCUAACUACAUUAUUGUAUCAAAUGCUAAUACUAGGUAACCGAGGGAGUGAACUUAAGGACAAUGCCACGGAAUCAAAGAACUCAGCAGAUACUUCACGCAAAACAGCUGAGGAGAUUGAGGUAUGCUUAAUCACAAUAGGGAAAAUGGUCAAAGGUAUUGUACACAGCUAGGAAUCGCCAAUCCAUGGCCGGAAUGAUUGGUUGUCCCUUUAACAUCAGGGUUCAAAGAAAGUCAUUUUUAAAGCUUGCCAUUCGGGCAAGCUGAAGCUAGCAUAUACUAGCCCAAACGUCAUUUCAACUAGCCCCAAAAACAUUUUGAUGAGCAAAAUUGAUUUCAGAGUUCUUCUGUAAUUUGAAUUCCUCAAAAAACUUCACUUGUUAAGAACAGAAUUCACCAGCCCAAUAACAAAAUCCACUAGCUUCGGGCUAUCGGACACUACUUUCUUUGCACGCGGAACAUGAUUUCUCAUUUGGAUAGCUCCUUCUAUAGUACUAGUGGGAAAAAGUUUAAGAUAUAAGUGCCCUAGAGCAGUUCGUCUGACAGUCGCCACUCAAGAAAGGAGGAGAGAAUUGGAGCCGAAAUGCGUUCCGCAAGUGUUUCUGGGAUCGUUACUGAAGUCGCCCUUGUUCGCUAUUGGCCAAUUUUUUCCCCGUCUCUAGUAAAAGUCCCAAAAGUCUUUGCGAAAAUUAACUCGGCCCAGUUUUCUUCUCGAGUUUCUCGCACACAAUUAUUUUGGUCUUCUGUCAAGUUUUCACACCAAAGAUAUGUAUCCAUCAUCAGGUUCAUCAGAUAGGUUAACCACCCUAGCUGUAGUACAGCCAAUCAGAAAGCUAGAAACGUGUUGUAUCCGUCGACCUGAUGACUUGUUUUACUUAGUAUCAAGAGAUCAAUAUUUUAUAGAAAACGUGAUAUUUACUCUGUUUUCGUAAUAAUGGUAAUAAUGAUCUUUACUUCCCUUAAGAUAAAGUUACAGAUCCUUGUCACAGAUUCUUGUGAAUUAUACAUCAUGAAAAUAAACUAAGAAGGUUCAACUUCCAGAUGACUGGUUUGGAACACCAACAUGACCACCGUUUUAUAGUUUUGGUACACCAAAAUGGCGGACAUGACGUCACGUGAAAACACUCCCUUUUUCCAAUUUUUUUUCAUUUCUUUUUUCAUUUUUUUUCCAUUUUUCUUUUCAGGAGAAGCUUACUGGUCUUUCUGAUCUUAAAAAGUCAGUUGCUGAAACAAACAACAACAUAACAGAUACAGAAGAGGAAGUUAGAAAUGCUUUAAAUAUGACAAAGUCCAUUAAAGGGAAAGUAAAGAUUGUAGAGACACGGUAUGAGAGGAUUAUUGAAGAGUUAGACGUCGAAGUGAAGCGUCGCUUGGAUGACAUUGAAGGCAUGCUCAGCUUGGCAAACACCUUGCUCAGAUCUACUUCACUUGUUAUGAGAUUUGAUGGUAACACAACUAACGAACCUGAAGCCCCACCUGCUAUUCUGAAAGAAACCAGGAAUCUCAAUAUUCAACUCUACACAAAACCGGAAAAACCAGAUGGACUACUGCUCUACAUGGGUAGCGUUGAUGAUGCCAGUAACAAUCGUCAGAAGCGCCAGUCUGAUAAUUGUGAAUCUGACUUUAUUGCUGUGGAGCUCGAGGCCAAACAACCGCGUCUGAAAAUUUGCACUUCAGGAUCAUUUCGUACUUUAACAGAUGGGGAGAAACGUAUUGACACAAGUGGGAAUCUUUGGUAUAAAGUUGAGGCGGGCAUGUAAGUUAUUCACCAUUAGAGGUUACAAAUAGUUGUAAGUAUAAUGCGGUGAGCAGAUACUGGGUAAUAAAAAUCAUAAACGGUGAACUGGAAUUCACAUUUUGCUAUUUUCAGACCUUAAGUGGGUAAAUCAAGAGUUGUGGGUUAACCCCUUUAAGCCCCAAAAUCCACGUAGAAAUUCUCCUUACUAAUCUCUAUAUGUUUCCUUGAAAAACUAGUUGAGAGAAUUUGAGAGAUCGAAGCAUUUUCCUUAAGGUGAUCAUUUUAUGUCAAGCUUUAUUGGGCAAGAUCAAAUCAAAAAAAUAAAAUAUAUUUAAAAAAAUGAAAAUAUACGAACAUAAAGAAUUAAAACCCAAAAGGGAUGGGCACGAACGGGACACUCAGACCCAUGCAGGGUGCCUACCCUAGGAAAAUAUAAGGAUUUAAAAUAUAUACAAAAAGUAAAAUCUAGUUGUAGUAAGAGCAAAGUCUAAUUGUGGAAAAAUCUAGUUGUACAAAAUUGUCGUCUAACUGUAGAGAAAUCUAAAAGUAUUUUAAAAAAGGAAAAGAAAAUAUAUACUUAUUUAUAUACUUGUAUAUAUAUAUACUUCUAUAUUCAGUUAGUGACAAGAACAUUCGCGAGAGAUUGACCAUGAGCAGACCAUGUCCACAUUAAAGGCAUUCAUUAAAAGAGACUUAUACAAAUUCUUCAAAAAUGAUUUAAAACAGCUAAGAGAGGUAAAACCACUAGGGAAGGCUUCAUUGCAUAAGUUGUUCCACAGUUAUUUUAGUAAUACUCAUAACUUUUUCUUUGCAUCAUGUAUUGAGAGUUUGAGGAGAAAAUUGAUGUUGGUCACUCUUGGGACUUAAAGGGUUAAUUAAGGGACUACAAGCAAGUCCUGCAAUCACGAGUUCUUUGUCAAUUGGGUUUUUAUUGGCCAGUUUACUGUCAUACGAAAAUAAUUCAACACCGCUAGACAUUCUUGCUUAAAAAUCAUAAAUCGAGAUGGUAACCCCUGAAUAGGACCAGGACACACACCCGUAGAACUACGGGUAGUAGCGUUUGGCAAUAUCAACAAAAUGAACUAGACAGCCAUGACGGGCCCUUUAAAUUCGAAAGAUUUCGGGUCUCUUAUGUAUUAAUUAAAUCACUUAAGUUGACUCUCUCUUAACGAGCACCUCCUGGGAUAAGUCUUCUUACAGGCUUACCGUAUUUCCUCGAAUAAUAGCCGUACCUUGAUUAAUCGCCUUCUUCGAAUAAUCCCCCCUCCACCCCUUACCCCUCUCGCCAUCUUCUCUUUUUCUGAUACCCUCCCUGUCCAGUUAAAGUGGAGUUUGAUCCAGCUAAACUGAUUAGUGACAAUUCAACCUCGGACGCCGAGGAUAUUGCCAUUGAAAAUUAAUCAAGGAACCAAAUUUGGAACACUUAAAAAGCCCAUGUUCAGUUUAUUUGAUGUGAUCAAUUUUUGGCUUAAUGGGUUAAUAAAACAAAAUAUUUAGGGCACGACUUCCAGUGAGCAAUAUUUGAACUAAUCUCCUCCCUCGAAUAAGCGCCUCCUUUUUGUGAGGAAAAAAUAUUAUUCGCCCCGGCUAUUAUUCGAGGAAAUACGGUACUUUUUGUUACUGGAUGAGAAACAUAUCUCUAACCUUCAUUUUUUAUCUCGACAGAACGGGCGAUUAUGCCAAGCUGUCCAUGAGGUAUUAUGAUGAAGGCCAACAAGUUGUUGCUGUUACCAUUUCAAGACCUCUGAUUAUGAAUAACCCCAAAAUAACGUUUAACGACGAGAGCAAACUCAUAGUGGGCGGUGUUUCCACGAUGAUGAAACUUCCCCCGAAAGUGACCACCACUAACUAUACUGGGUGUGUGGAUGGUCUGGAGAUCAAUAAUCACAUAGUCGGAAGUUGGAAUUCAAACUUCAGUCAGACCGCCCAAGUAAGUAUUAAAGUUACAUACGAGAAUUGAGCUGGUAAUUGAUAUAGUAUCCCCCUUAUAGAUUUCAUCAGUAGACAAUGUAACAUAAAUGUGUAAUUUCGUUAAGGUUGCUCCUUUUUAAACAAAAGAGAUUUCGUUUUUUUAACUGUGUGACGGUGAAAUCCAUCCAUAAAGAAUCAACAUUUCAUUUCUUUUACUGAUGGAUAUUACUUUCAAACAAAAUCCGAAACCGUUCAGUGAAUGAUGUCAAGAAAGACGCUCAUUAUGAGAGAUUAAGACAUAAUAAACUUCUCGGCCAAGUUUCAAGUCUGUGCGAUAUCCCAAACUUCAAUUAUUCAUCAAAAUAAUCCACGCAUAGGUGGACACUUCCCUAAAACGGACUCCUAGAGUUGAUCCUUGUCGUUCUUCAGUCAUAUUUUUUGACUCUCUGUGAGGUGGACACCUCCCUAAAACGGACAGUGUCCCUGCCGUUCCUCAGUGAUUUUCUUUGACUCCCUAUAAUGCGGAUACCUCCCUAAAUAGACAGCAAGAGUUGGUCCUUGCUUUUCUUCAGUCGUUCUCUAUAACGUGGAUACCCCUCCUAAAACAGCAACCUAUAAUAUUGGUGCUUGUUGCUCUUCAGUCAUUUUUUUACACCCUACAAGGUAGACAGCUCCCCCCCCCCCCCCCCCCGAAACAAACAUCUAGAAUAUUGGUGCCUGUUUCUCUUCAGUCACUUUCUUUGACUCUCUGCUAGGCAGACACCUUCCUAAAACGGACACUUCAGUCAUUUUCUUUGAAGAUGGAAACCUCCCUAAAACGAACACCUCGUCCCCGUUGUUGUUCAGUAUUUUCCGUUGACACCUGUCUAAGAUGGACACUUGGUACUUGUGCCAAAGAAGUCCAUAUUAGAAAAAAGCUGACUGUCAGAAUUAUUAAGUAAUGUGUGAUGGCUUUCAGACUGGAAAUGCUGACAGUGAUGAAACUAAGACAAACGAUAAGCACUGUCCAUCUCGUGACGGUGUAACACAAUUUGCUGCAACAAAGGAGGACACCACGAGUCAGAGAAGGACCUUUUUUGGAACAGGAUAUCUCAAGUCAGGUUCAUAUUUAGCAACGACUGAUCCUAUGGGCACAGUGGACUUCAAAUUCACAACAACAUCAUCAAACGGGUUACUGGUUAUCGCUGUCGACGAAGAAAACCCAUCGUUGUUUCAAGCCAUGGAGCUGUCCAAUGGGUACUUCAUCUUCAAAUACAAUAUGAAACAUGGAUACAAGGAAGUGCGGUCAGCCAAUCAGUAUGAUACAGGAGAAGAGGUGAAAGUGCAAAAGUUGAAGAGCGAUGGAGGGCGAGGUUUAAGAUAUACACUGACAAUUAGAAGUGAAAAAAACACAGAAGAACUUGCAAAGAAUACUUACUACUAUCCAGUUGAAAGGCGCUUUUCAUACGUAAAUCCAAAGUAUAUUUACUGGGCAGGUGUAGAAAACAGGACCACCAUUCCUCAAAAUGUGUAAGUGCUUUUGAAUACAUUCAAUGUUAAUUGCGUUUUCCUACCGUCGAACGCAACCUAGAAUCAUCUUGGGAUUCCUGUGUUACUUGGUUUUCGUGCGGUAGUCAGGACGACUUUUUCAGCAAUUUUUUUUCUACUGAUGAGCCCGUGCUUGUCUGGGCUCAACAGAGCGCACAUUUGUGUGAAAUUCUGGAAAGCUGGUUGCUGGUUGGUUAUGGCGUAUUCAACAUGCGCAAUUCGUUUGCGUCAGUGCUUGUUUUUACAUAGUUAUUUCAAUUUAACAUUAACUUCCAUUUAUUUUAUCUUUCCCUUGAGAGCGUAUUUCGAUUUGUUUACGUCGCUGUUGGAAAGUAAGAUAUGUUCUUAACCCUUUCCUGUUGCUGCCAUUGUUUUUCGUUAAUAAAAAUCGCCAGGUCUGGCUGGGAAGUUAGAGGUGGAAAUGUUACACAUUUCCAACACACACAUUUGCUGUUUAACUUCGCAUACAAACCCUGUUAUAUUACGCUUGGGUGACCCAUGCCACUGCUGGAAACAACGAGCAUCGUUUUUCCCCCUUGGUAUUGGCAACUUUCACAUUUCAAUACUCACACAGACCCCAUCUUUAAGGAACACGGUAUACUCAAAUUAAAUGAUAUCCAUUCGCUUCAACUGGGCCAAUUUAUGUAUUCUUGCAAAAAAUUCAUUCUCACCCCCAAGGUUUAAUAACAAUUUCUCCCAAAGCAAUCAAUUCUACUCUUACAAUACAAAAAAUUCCCAGGCCUACCGUCUACCGUAUUGUCGAACAAACACUUAGACGUUCUCGCCUAUUUUCAACCCUUACCUCCUUUAAGAAUAUCCUGAAGAUUAAAUUAUUAAGUAAAUAUGAAAACCGAUCUUAAAUCUUUCCAUAUUCGACUUUACGCCAUCUUUUCUUCAAUUGUUGUAAACAUCUCUAGCCCAUAGUUCGAGGAGGUCUAACCUCUCAUAAGCUCCUAUAGUUUCUGUUAGGUCUCCUCGCCACUUCUUUUUUCUACUUAUCCUAUAUUAUUUGUAAUUCAUUUUCUAUUAUUGUGUGGCAAAUAACAUGGAAUUAAAAAUAAAUAAAAAUAACUGUCAUAUAUCUUACUUACGGCAAUUUUUUUCCUUUUCUCUACAGCACAUCCUCAUUUUACAAAGGGUGUUUGUCAGACAUGAUUCUGUCUACAGGAAGUAUCGCAGUUGAACCAUCCCCAGGCUCCAUUUUUGGAUGUCAUGUUAAGGUAGAUCUAUUUUCCAGCUUGUGAUGGUUAAAGUAAUAAAUUUUGAUACCCUCAAGAUUAUACGCCUUUAAUGAAUUUAAAUAAAUAUCUAUUUAACACAGUUAACAACUAGGAGCGCGGGUAUGGUCAGCGGUCAGUGGUUUGGCUCAAGCACGGUCAGCCUUGCUUGCAUCAUCUCCAUGUGCUCAGUACAACGUUUUCCUGGCAGCCACUCUCUUCGUUUAGCCUUUGGCUCAUUCUUUACCCCCAUCCUUCCCACCCUGUAUUCUUCCACUGUUAAUCAGUGUGGCAGGUGCCUGGUUCCAUUAGCUGGGGGCUCAUGGCUGGAGGGCGCGGGUUUGCCAGCCAUGGGGGUGUAACUCUGUCAAGGGGCUGGCUGUGCCAAGGGUGGAAACCCCUGGACAUCCCGAGCACCCACCUCUACUAAGCGACGCAGUUGUUAACUAUAGUAUAAUACUCAAGCGAAAAGGAUGGAAAAGAAGUUUAAAAUGUUAGCCCUCCCCAUAGUACUGCUCAAUUGAUGACAUGUUAACCCCAAAAGAGGCCAAAGUCAAAUUUUCACAAAAUUUCCAAAAUUCUUUUCGUAAUAUGGUUUAAAAUAAGUAGCACCCUUUGAAAGCAUUGACAGAGAGGAUUCAUUUGAAUGGUAACGCCAUAGGAUUUCUUCCACGGACUUCAAAGUUUGAAAAUAGUGCUGAAGAGGUUGGAUUUAAAUGGUCUUACCAUAGCGUUUCAUGCAUACACUCCAAAGUUACAACCAUCUUUAGCUGCGAGACGCAUUUUCUUCAUUCUGGGAGUAGAGUGCGUUACCUGCUAUCAUCAGAUCUGAAGCACCCUUAGAGUUAAGAGGCUUUCUAUAAAGUAUUAAACUGUUACUACAUACAUUCAAUGAAGCUAAUCUGUCCAAAGUGUCCGCAGAAGGAAAAUGAAGGGUUUAAAUAUAUACAACCAGAUAUAUUGUCCAAUUUUUUGCAGUGUUGUACACUUAUCUGGCAUUAUUUUGCUUUCAGCCUGCCUGGAAUGUGACAUUCCUCAGUAAUAGCAGUUUUCUUCAAAAAAAUCCAAUCAAGAAGAAUCGUAGAGGCUUUGACAUUGGCCUUAGUUUUCAAGUACCUCCUACUACUCAAAAUGGUCUUCUUUUACUAGAGUCUGCGGCUGGUGAUGUAUGUCAUUUUGUAUAGCAAGUACAACUACCAUAUUUUCUGGAUUUAAUGCCCGAGGCUCUGUUUAAAUGCCUGGUCUUAAAGAAGAAGCGUGGUGGUUAUACUGUUGUUGUUAUCCGGUCAACUCGGGAGAAUUGCGAACAGAUCUCAAUUGUGCUAUAGGGGGAUUGUGCUUUCCAAGAGAUCAAUCUCUAUUCACUGGAUUGAACAAUUGGUUUCCCUUGUACUUGUCAAUUGGAUAGAGAUUUAUCCGGUGGAAAGCGCGGAUAAUGCUAUCCACCGAAUAAAUCACUAUCCAACGGGUAGUGAUUAAUGGAUAACGCUAUCCAGUUUUUGAACAAGCAGGACCAGGCGUAAAUGAUGGGGUUUUUUAACAAUAGAAGAAUUUCACAAAAUAUUUUGGUAAAUAGAGUAUAUGUAGUAAGGUAGUGCUUUACAUUUAUUUUACCUCUUGACUCGAUAAUGUUAACCAGAUGCAAAGUAGUUCUGUCUUUUAAGUCUGUCAAAGGAAUGCAAUUGUUGGGCCCUUUUUAAAUGUAAUGUAUAAUAUUUGAUUUAUCUCAGGAGGCAUAUGCCUUUGUCUUGGGUCUGAUCGACGGGAAGGUGGUGUUGGAAGUGAAAACAGAUGGUGAACCCCUAACAUUACAGACUGAUAUCACAUAUAACGACGGAAAGUGGCACAAUGUUUAUCUUGUUAAAGAUGGUGCAUCGUAAGUGCAUUCUCACUGAUGUUAAUAUACCCCACUUGCACAAAUCCCAUGAUGCACCUUAUUUGCCCCCCAAAAUUUUGCAAAAGCAUUGUUUUCAAUUUCUCUUGGGACGGCUGUACUACCCAGGAGAAAUGAAAAACAAAGGUUAUGCAAAAUUUGUAGGGGGGGUGGGCGGGGGGCAUAUAAGGUGCACUACGGGAGAUGUGCAAGUAGCGUGUAGAGCGUUUUCACUCGCGUGACCAGCAUCUGUGCAAAUUUAUUGCAACAAAAGAAAGCGUUUACAUAAGAAAAGAGUUCAACUCCCACAGGACUGGUUUGGGACACCAAUAUGGCCGCCGUUUUAUUGCUUUGGAACACCGAUAUGGUCGCCUUGAAGUCAUGGGAAAACGCUCUAUAUUGGGAAGACUUUAGGUGACAAUGACCUCAACCAGGUUGUAGCGUCCAGCGGUUUUAGUGAAAACAAGGGUUUGGGUUGGGUGCCUUGUCUCGCGGGCUCAUAAAACCUGGUCUCGGUCAUUCUUAUUUAGGAUUUUUCUCUACACUGAAGCUUGGCAAUUUCGAAAUAUGAAUAGACCGCGCGGCAGGCGCCGGUUUAUUGUUUUGGAUAACUUUUAUACAGCGCGCAAGGGGAACACAAGAAGGAGAGAGGAAGCCUAAUAUUUAUCUCGUUAAAGAUGGUUCAAAGUGCCGAGUGAAUUCUCACUAAUGUUAAUAUACUGGGGCCACUGAGCACUUGGCGAUAUCGAAAAAUGGAUAGCCUGCAUGGCAGGCACCGGUGUGCGCUUGCGUCGUCGAAAUUUCUUCCUUCCCGCUAACAAACAACGCGCACGCGUUUUUCCCUAUAUAAUAACAUCGUGGUUUGCAAUCGCGCUGGAUGAGACGAAGAACUAGACGGAUUUUAAGAGAAAAGGCGGACUGCAAGCAGUCUACGCACGCGUCCUCGAGAUUUCUUUCUUCCCUCUAACAAACGACGCGCACGCGUCCUCGAAAUUUCUCCCUUCGCUCCAACUAAACCAAGCCUUCUACGCAGGCUAAAAUAUGGUUGAUGGUUUCAGGGCAUAUUGACUUCUUUCAUUUUUUCUUUUGCAAGAAUGCGUCUGAAUGUUGAUGAUGAGGAAAAAUCUGGGCAGCCGGGUCAGUACAUCCCCAGGGCAGAGAUGAUGUAUCUUGGAGGAAUACCCGCUAGCUUCGAACUCAAUCAGCCAGAUGGCUUUAACCCCGACAUCCUCAGUUCGCUGAAAGGUGGAUCGAUCCAGUACUUGACAUCCAAGGGAGAGUACGUAUUUGACCGUAUUAUUACUAUUUGCAUCAUGCGAACCAGCCACUACUAGCGCAGUAGUCAACUAUAAGACGGACACCUUUGGGACUGAAGCGUCCAUGUUAGAUCAGUGGAGAAAAAAUAGCAAAGCCUAGGGAAAGGAGGGGGGAUGGCUGGAAAGAACCCAAAACGAAGGAAAAACUGAAUGCGCCAAUGAAUCACAUGAUUGAUGUAGCUAGCUACUGGGCAUGCUCAUGCCAAAGACCACUGACCUCGGGCACUUAAAGCGCUCUUAAAACUGCUUUAAUUUGCAUUUAAAUGCAUUAUACGCCAUAUAUGACCCCUAAAAAAAAGAGAAAAGAAAAGACCAGGAGAGACCAACUCUAGGUGUCCGUUUUAGAGAGCUGUCUGCCUUGUAGAGAGUCAAAGAUUAUGACUGAACAACAGCAAGGACCAACUUUAGGUGUCCGUUUCAGGGAGGUGUCUGCCGUGUAGAGAGUCAAAGAAAAUGACUGCGGAAGAACGACAGGGACUAACUCUAGCUGUUCGGUUCAGAGAAGUGUUCGCCUUAUAGAGAGUUAAAGAAAAUGACUGAAGAACGGCAGAUUCAAGUCUAGGUUUACAUUCUAGGGAUAGGGAGGCGUGUCCCUAAUAGAGAUGUCUAUUUAGACAGAAUUGUCUUUACUCAAUAUUAUAAAAUAUUAUCAAAUGUUUUUGUCCUUUGUGAAAUUGCCUCAUGCUGUAUGUAGUUUCACUUGCGGGAGAUAAAUAACUUUCGCUGAGCUAUCUAGACUUGUGAGAUUUUGUGUGGGAGAACGUUCUUUUUUUCAGAAUUCUAGGGUAUUCAGCAACAAAGGGCCUAACCAAGAAAUUGAACCGUGCAGAUCAUCGAUUGUGCAUACAGCCGUUUUUUAUGUCUUGCCACUGAACAUUACGCAUUUUGAUCACUUUUGAUGUUAUUUUACAGGGUGUUUAAUUUUGCGGAGAAUGUAAAGAGAGAAUCAGUCACAUUUGAUGGUGAUGAUUACUCGGAACCCAUUCCAACAGAUCUAUUUAUACUAAAAUCAACUACAACCCCACCACCUGUUGGUAAUUUGGGUAAGUGCUCAUUACUCGGCAGUCAGAUGCGGAACCUCAAGGCCUAGAGAGGAUUAGACGUAGGAUUACUUGCAUUUUGUAAUAAUACCACUUACACGUUCUUUAAUUUCGUAAAUGCGGGCAAAAGCACAGCUUCAUGUCAAACAAAUACAUGUCUCAAGCAGUGUUUCUAAGUUACAAACUACAGAAAUGAACUUUGAACAAAUAUAAGCCGAACAAGUUUUCAAAAAGUACAAUAGGACAAUUGCACGGUGACGUCAUUUUACUACAACUACCAGAAUCCUUUAGUUUGUUGUUUUCUUGGGCAAAUUAAGGCUAUUGUUCUUUAAUCCUUAGCGGGAUUGACAAAUUUAAAUAACGAAGCAAAACCGAAAUGAAUUCUGGUAGUUUUAGUCAAAUAUCGUCAUCGUGCAAUUGUCCUAUUGCAAUCCGUUUCAAUCUUCUUCAAGUUUGUCCAUGCGUUUCUCCUUUUGUAUUUGCAGUGUUAUUUAUACCGUCUAUAUUCAUGUUCUGAGCAGUUAUUUUAUACGUUUCUGGGAAACUGCUCAUCUACCGCUCCCCUAAGCUAACAUUUUGCCUUAAUUGAGAAGUAAUUGUUAAUAGGGAUCUUAAGCAACGACGACGGAGAGGGCAACGAGGACGGCAAAAAAGCAAUAGGUUUAGAUUGGCCUAACAACAACCUUUCACGCUUUUUUGUAAAUCUCUUUACCGUCGCUGCACGACUACAACAUGAACACAAGACAACAACUUUCUUUUUCUUUUCCUGAACUUUGAUACAGUCUUUUAGAAUUCAACUACAACAAAAAUUUGCCAACAUUUGCCGAAUUAUACGAGAUGGAAUAAGCGCGAUAAAGUUUGAGGCAACGCGAAUUCACUUUUUAAGUGACGUUUUGGUAGCCGUCGCCGUCGUUGUUGCUUAAGCUCCUUAAUUUUGGCUUAGGGGGAGGGGUAGGUGCGCAGUUUCCCAGAAACGUAUAAUGACCCUGGUGGCAGGUCCCACUGUUUGAAUUUUGAUAAGUUCCAUGACACAGCUCCGUUAGCAUUGAUAGUAGCUUGGUAUUAUGCUCUCAGUUAGCCAGUAGGAUCGAGUAGUUAUUUUCUGUGCCAACUUCUAGGUCACCAAAAUGUUGAAACUGUGAAUUUGUCGGAUUGCAAGAAUACUUCAUUAGCACUUCAAUACCGUGUUAGAAACUUAAUAAAACACGAACCUCGAACGAUUGAAAAAUAGCUAGCCCCGUUUGUUCUUCUAACAAUCCUUGGGUUUUUGGAUAUUUUUCUUGAAUUAUUUUGUCUUUUAUCGUGAGUUAUGCGCCUAGUUUGACAGUGAGGAGCGUUUUUGAGUGAUGCCCACGUCAACCGAAAGUGAGACCUUCUGUCUUUGAAUAUUCGUUGACGCUACCAAGUUUGUGUUGACAGGUGUCUCUUCUCUUAAAGAAAAGUUUUGCCCGAAACUUUUGGGCAAAACCACUGCUCAUUAAUGCAAAAUGAUUACCUCCAGUUUGAGAUGCGUUGCUCAUAAACGCCUCUCUAGUUUUGCUUACCGUCAGUGGCUGAGACAGGACUACAAUGUUUUUUUUUUUUCAGGUUCCUCCACGACAAGUCCAGCACCAAGUACUCCUUCCGAGACUACCAAACCACCUAGCACAACUGAGGAAUCCACUACCCUUCCCCCGACAACAACAUCUGAACCUGUGACUACGUCUGCCCCCACAACUACCUCUGAACCCACCACCACCCCACCCCCUACGACCACGUCGGAGGCUACUACUACUCUACCGCCUACGACUACCUCGGAGCCUACUACCACCCACCCACCCCCCACAACUACCCCGGAGCCUACUACCACCCCUCCCCCCACAACCACCCCGGAGCCUACUACCACCCCUCCCCCCACAACUACUUCGGAGCCUACUACCACUCCUGUCCCAACAACAACCUCCGAACCUAUGACCACCCCAUUGCCGACAUGCCCCAUGCCAGACGAUCCAGCUGAGCUCGAAGACGUUUUAGGAUUUGGCCUUGACCUCAAUAGUCAUGCGCUCUACAGAAUCGAAAGAAAAAAGACGCUCUUCAAGUUGAUUUCGUCCAAGUAAGUUGUAUCUAGUUCGAGACCAGUGAAGUUUACUUUUGCUCAAACCUCCCGAUUGAAAAUUUAGCGUCAAAAAUUCUGAUGUUUCGUUUAAAGAAAUAGCAGUUGAUUUGACUACACUAUGUAGCUGAUUAGAAUUAACAAACAGGCUAAAUCGAGAACCGAUUUUUUUCGGAAAGUUUUUCGGACAAAAAAUUCGAUUUUCCGAUUCCAAUUUCCGGUUUUCCCUCGCAAACCCAAGACUCUAUCACAUGUUUAAUUUCACAUGUUUAAAGUACCUCUAUUGAUUUCUAAUUGUACUGUGCACUAUUACGCAUGUCUCUAUAACAUUAGGCUUUCUUUUUGAGAAUCAUGGGGUGGUUCUUCCAUAAAAAGGACUGCGAACCUGUUAAUUUUCAUGACAAGUACCUGAAGAGAGUUUCACUUUCCAUUGCAUAUAACUACCAACUGUAGGUAAACUGACAUUAAGCUUGUCCUGCUUUGACAAGAAUUAUCACAGGGGAUCCUUACAAACUGUGUGGCCGUUACUCUAUUCAUAUUUGAUAAGAAAUGUUUGACGGGAAUGUCGAUAGGCUAACAAUAUUCGAGGGAAAAACGAAUGUAACUACGAUGAGUAAACUGAGGAAGGAAAACCAAGCUCGAGCCUUACUUACUGAAGAACUAUUAAAAUUUAAAAUAGCUCGCAAUUCCUUUCAUGUAUUUCAACCUGGCCUGCCUAGAUUAGAAACUUCCACAUGCAGGCCAGCAAAUUAUAAGACGUUUUUCGUUAAAACUUGACGUUGAGGUUAAACUGAUUAUAAUUGUACAACGUAAGACCGCAUAAAUCGCCAACAUUCUCCGAUUGUGUUCUAAGGAACGACAAUAGCUAAUGAUUUAUUUGAUUAUGUUAGUCAACAUUUAUUCCAGGCUGUUCUAGCCACAGCACAGCUGAUACCCUGCCUCGUACCCAGACGUCUCUCGCGCGCGCGCAAAGGAAGUGGGGAAGAAGACAACGGGCUUCGCCUGCCGUUUGUACUUUUCCCAUGGUCCCUUGCGGCUUAUCACCAGUCUCUCGCCUCUACCUUGCGAAAAACGAAGCGCCUGAGGAGGAGGCUGGCUAAUACCAAUAUAGCUCUCUAGCCUCAAAACAAGCGUGUUGUCCGUCUCAUUUUACUUACUUUAUUCGUGGACUUGAGGUAAACGAAAAAGUCCAACUGAGGGCUCAAACCGGGAUAUCGAGGCGUCCGUAAGAAGGGUUCUCCGCUUAAUAGAUCGUCUGUUUGGAGAGCUUCAACUAAUACUCCACAAAAAUAAACGAUCGAAGAAAAUGGCUGAAAGAACGUCGUGGGCAUAGACAAACAGCACGAAGGUAACUCUUUACGCAACUGAUUCCUGACUCAUAUGAUCAAGGUAGCGAGCUAAUGGGCAUGCGCAUGCCAAAAGACCGCGAACCUCUGGCGGUGAGGAUGUUCUCAGUUUUUAACUCCUUUAAAUUGCAUUUAAAUGCAUUUAACUCGAUUGUACGUGUUCAUUUGCUAAUUUUUGCAGGACAGAAUUGAAAUUCAGUUUCCGUGCCUCCAACCCAGAUGGCAUCAUGUUAUACACCGCCAAUGAACCAUCGCAGACUGACUUCAUAGAAUGUCAUUUAGAAGGGAGUAAAGUCGCCUGUAGCUUCAAUGCGGGAGGAGGCACCUUGAAGCUUAUUACCCCGGACGCGACCUACAGCGAUGGAAAGUGGCACACGGUAUGUACUACAAUACGUACCACAACACAUCAUGGAUCAUUUGAGGUUUCUGGGUAACUGACCACCUACCCCUCCCCUAAGCUAACAUUAACACUUACGUCUGGGGCGCUUAACUUUUUAUGUAUGGAAAAUCCAAUUCAAGUUUGUCCCCGUCCCGCCUGGACAGUGCUGGCUGUUACAAGUGAAUACCUUUCAUAUAUAUCUUGCACAGGUUUUGCACCUCAACUUUGAUCAGAUGUGGGGGUGCGAGAGAAACCUCAGUAAGGCCCUGCUUAUGAGUGUGUAUUGGUGGUUAGCUGCAAAUUUCAUUAAAAAUUGCGUAAAAAGGGAGAAAUGUCCCAAAACCUUUUAGCCAGGAUUGUAGCAAGCUAAUGUAUUUAGUAAAAUUCCAACUAGUGGUCUAUUAUCAAUGCUGCGUUCUGAUUGGCUGAGCUACUACUAGGCUAUAUUUUCUAGAACACUAGUAGCGAAAAGCGCCAGCUUUGAAGGCUAAAAUAAUGGCUUUAAGUCUAGCUUUAACUAGCUAAAGUUAUCUUGUCUCGAUAUUUUUGACCAACUAGUUUGAUUUUACUAAAACAAUUAUUCCUCUCGCCCUCAUGGUCUCUGAGUCAAUAGCCCAUUCGGCCUUAGGCCCUCAUGGGCUAUUGACUCGGAGCUCAUUCGGGCUUGAGGAAUAAUUGUUAAGUGUCUCGUGCCGGAAAUGCCCUCAGAUGGUUAACAUCAGACAGACAGACUGUAGACUUGGCGUCCAUUUUCGGGGUCAGGGGCUCGAUGUAAUCAAGAAAAGACCGAACAAUAUUGCGGUUUGUAGUAGCAGCUUGAAGACAUGACAGUUGUGCUGAGCAUAGUGGAUCUACUGAGCAGGAGAAAAGACUUCGCGAGGAGAUGCGCUUGAAACACAAUUUUACAACCUUGAAACCAAGACUAUCCUUUCACGUGACUUUCACGUGCGCGCUCUGUCUCUCUCUCUUUGUGCGCGUGCAUUUUUUUGGCCUCGCCGAAACGGCGGAAUUUAUUUUUGAAUCAACAGCGUUUAAUUCGCUAUUUUUCUUCUCUGAACAAAGAAGGGUUACACAGGAAAUCCGCUGUAUUUCCGGUUCUUCUUUUUUCAUGUGUUACAAUACAGUCAAACCGCUCUCUCUAUUGACACCUCUUUAUAACAAAGAGUUCUUCUGUAAGAACACUUACGUCACAAAGCAGUGUCCGCAUUAUACAGCUAUGAUCAUUAUAUAAGUGUUCGAAUUAUCGAGGUGUGCGCAUUAUAGAGGCAUCCUUAUCAUAGAGGUGCCCAUUUUACAACGGUGAUCAUAUUAUUGAGGUGCCCACAUCAAAAGAGGUGUCUGUAUUCUAGAGGUAGGGCCGCAUGAAGAUUUUCAGCACUAAGAGAACUGUCCGUAAUCUGGAAGUGUCCGUAAGGAGAUAUGGGGUGCUUACCAUUUACACAAACCACCCGGGUGAAAAUCUUGUGCAUAAAUAUAAAACUAUCAAAUUUGACGUAGUGGUAGAACGAUCCGCUACAAAGUAUAUCUAAAUCAGCUGAACAGGCUAAAAAUAAAAGAAAAACUGCGUCGCCCCAAAUCACAGCCCAUAAUUUCUGAUGCUUCCCAAACGGAAUGGCGGAACUAUUUGAUUUUCCAUUGUAAGUAACCAUGGACACGUAUAUAAUGGGGAAACUGGACUUUGUCCCUUUGUUGUCCUCAUUUAAGAGUUUUCACUUUAUGUUCACUUGCUCAACAUUUCGUCUAGGUUGGCAGACGAGGGGUCGUAUCGUAGCGACGUGCAACAGCGACAAAAUUGCGUGCCGCACACACACGGGGACGUCAGUUAUCUAGGACUUGUAGCCGGGGCACAAUCCGUAAACAAGCGGGAAUAUUUUUGUUGUUUUAGUUUGCUAGUGCACUAACACAAAUAAUUUUGAGCCUUGUUUCUCAUUACCUCAGCCAUUGAUCUCGGCAAUGAGUGACCAGGCUCAGAAUUCAUAUGCACCUAUUCUAUUGGACCAUGUUUUCAUUUGAGGGCUCAUGAAGACCUUUCAACAUUUUGCACCCUUGACACACCCCAUUGUCGCCCUUGUCACGUGUACAAAUUUGUCCUAAGUUCAGAAACUCUUUAUGGCCACAAAGAAAGUAAUCUCUUGUGAAUAUGGAUUAUUCAGUCAGUGACACAAGUGAUUUGAAAAAUGCCCGAGUGCUACUAACAAGAGUUAAACCUAUGGCCAACUGUUUACUAGUCCACCAUCCACCAUGCGCUACCUCUUGCGUUUCAUCAGCUCCUAAAUAGUGCUCUUGAUUUCUUAGGUGUGGCUUUCCAGGCAGAAAGUCGAUGGAACGCUUUAUGUAGAUGGCAUAGCAGUGGAUUCAGGCAAAGCGAGUGGCUCACCCACCUACAUAAACUCACUUGAGAGGUUCUUCUUAGGAGGGGUUCCCGAGGAUUUUGAUGCCAAACGAGUUCCGGUCAGUAGAAUUGCAGUCUCAUUAUUCGAUACACCUUGUCUUAGUCUUGACCUGAUAACAGGGGGUACUAAUCCGGUCGGCUGGGGUUGUACGUAAUCCCAGAUGAGUUCCGGAACUUCAUUGAUGUUCUAGACUGCGUGCAGUCUCUCUUUUUCUCCUGAUUUCCGUCACGCGCGUGAUCAUUUUCAUGUCUUGCGCGUUUCGCUUGACAGACUAAGAAAAAUAAGAGAGACUGCUUGUGGUUUGUUGAUGCUCCCACCAAUAGCGUUCCCCCACCGUUCAAUAUAUAAGCACAACAUACCUAAUUUACAAUCCCUUGAUUCCCUAUGAAGAAUUGCUAGCCCUCAAUACGCCAGCUUUGCAUUCUUUUUAGGGUGGUAGAUUAACUUAAACAAUUCAGUUGUUAAAUCAAAAUUUUGUUUCACUCCCCUAACCCCUUCCCCCUCCCAUCGCCACCCCCGCGCCCACCGCAGCACUGCAAUUCCUUAGAAACUAACCCCUCAAAUCACCUUAGGCUGGUUCAAAAAACAGUUUCCCAGGAUGCAUCACGAACGUGACAGUGGAUGACAAGAAGAUCGAUACUCCAGUAACUAACCUGUAUAAGGCGCAGAACUGUUACCGCGACAGCCCUGAAUCAGGAGUCAGCUUUAAAAAUGGAGGAGGCUACCUCAAAGUUGGUGAGUUGACUUCAGCUUUUUGACGAGCUGCGAGGAUUUGCCUAAUUCCAUUGACACUGCGGAAAAGAGUGCUUUUAAGGGGUCUUGUUACGGCCACGUUGCUGUUUUAGGUCAGUUACGUGGACAAGUCAUACAAAAAGAGAGGCGUAGAGGGAGAGGCGUAUAUCCGAGCAGGAUUAUAACUGGAAAAGAAAAAGCGUUUCAAAAUAAGCUAGAGCAGGGCUGAUCGAGAAACCUUUUGCUUUUACUGGUUUUAAAUUAAGCUUCAAAACGUCGUUAUCGAAUUCAGUUUAGUGAUCUUAACCAAAGGCGUUUUUGAGCGAUGCACGCCAACCGGAAAAGAGACCUUUUCUCUUUUAAUAUGCCUGGAGGCUACCACAUGUGGAACGUUAAAUGUCUCUACUCUUUUAGAGACGAUUUGGUGGAAGGUUUGGGCAAGAGCGUUGCUCUCGAAUGCAAAAAGUCCGCUUCCGGUAGACGUUCGUCGCUUAAAAACUUUUUUUUUUUAAGCUCACUUUUAAUACAUUUAGAGGAGGGCUUUUUUUUAGGGGAGGAGGGGGGUUAUUAUCAAAUGUACUGUUUACUGGUAGUUGGACCUAUAACCUGGGGGGAGGGGCUAAUAAGUUUUGUCAGUUUUGGUACUUCGUUCCUUUUUUAUACUUGACGUGUUUGCGUUUUUUUGUCAGCCGAUAAAUACUCAGUUGGACAACAACAGGAAAUCUCGCUUGAAAUCAAGCCGACAUCCCACACAGGACUCCUGUUGUCGUCUUGGAAUGCAAAAGGAGACUACAUUGUCCUAGAAAUGUCCAAUGGAAAUGUAAGUAACGUUCUCGGUCGCUGUGAUGCCUUCAACUUGAACUGGUCCAAGUUAUGGUGUAAAGUUAACCCGUCAAAGGUCGGAUCAUUCUGUGUUUCUGGGAGACUGCCCACCUACACCUCCCCUUAGCCAACAUUAAUACUUACUUCACACUUAGGGAUGGAACAUUAGAAAACUUAUUGGGGGCGCGGGCGAAGUACAAAAAAAAUAUUCGCGCAAGGGAAAAUUAAAUGAAAACAAAUUCAUGCACGCUAAUUAACCCUCAAAAAUAUUCAUGCUAUGGCCUAAAAAAAUUCAUACAAGAAAUUUGAUAACGAAAAAAAAUUCCUGCGGCUCGAAAAUUCCCCACCUCCCCCUCAUAACUUUUCUAAUGGUCCGUCCCUUAGGGCAAAAUAGAGACCUUUAGAUUCCACGACGAGUACGACUACGAGUACGAGAUUUUCUCAAUACUAAGUAGUGUACGCGCGUGAACCAGCGUCAUUUUGGCGGGAAAACGUGGUAGCCGUCGUCAUUCUACUACGAGUUUUCGCGCGAAUGUCGUGGUGGCGAAAACAAGAUAUCAAAUGUUUAGAAGUUUUAUUAUUUUGCGAUUGGGAGAGGGCGUAUAACCUCCUUAACUAAAGAUAACAAUGCUAACUUUUCCAGUGAAAAAUGGUAAAAUAAAGCUUUCCGGGGAGUCUAUAUUUUGAGAAUACGCGAAAAAACUUUAAGUCAAAUCUCGUACUCGUAGUCGUCCUCGUCCUCGAAUCUAAAGGUCUUCAAUGAUGACUUGGGGGAGGGGUAGUUGGGCAGUUUCCCAGAAUGUUCCAAGAGCGACCUAGCCUGUGUACACCCCCCCUCCCUCAGACCCCCCUGCCCUCAUUUUUUUUUCCUGAGGGGAGGGGGGUCUGUACACAGGUUAAGAGUGACCAACAUCAGUUUUUUCCUUUAGAUAUCAGUCCAUAAUCAAGAGAAAAGCUGAUGAGUAUCUAUAUAAUAAUAGGCCACUUCCGAGUUCCAAAAACCCUCACUUUCAAAAUGAGGCCAACCUCUCUUGUGAAAAUGAAUUUAAUUUGCAUAAGAAUGAAAAAUCAUGUCCAUAUCAAAGGCUGCGCACUUAACCUCGUUUUGAUACAGAGGCCCGGGGAAACUCGGAAAUUGCCUAUCGCCAAAGGGGAAAUACUUUCAACUUUCAUCAAAUUUUCUUUACUUAACCCAUAAGAUCAGUUUGGUGAACUGAAUGUGUAUUUUGUUAUUGGGGCGUAAAGGGAUGAUAGUUGUGGUGUCGUUUGAUGCAUUUUUCUCUCACGUUAAGGUUCUACAAAACAACCAAUCGGUAGAGUGGCUAUGAAAUUUCCGGCGUAAAACACACACGCAGAGAAGAAAAGCGUGGAUGCUUUAAAGUCGUGCGUUGUAUACAGGCCAUUUACACACUGUAGUUGGUUAUUGAUUUUUCAGAAAUUCGCGCAGCCUGUGAAAGUCGAACUUUAAAGGGAUUCUAAGCGAGGAAUGCAAAAAGUUUAUGACAUUGUCACAGCUCCAAGACCAAUGUCUUCUAGGUUUCAAUUCAGAGAUAAGAUGGCUUUCGUUUCGCCUUGUAAAACGAUUUCCGCAAGUACCCGCUAUUUGUUUUAUCAGCCACUCUAGUAGUGAAAAACAAUUAGAGGAUAGUAUUAAGCGUUUUGCUGCCAAAGAAAACCCUCCGAUAGAAAAGCAUCGUCUGGCGAUAGCUUGUACGAUUGACGUCAUUUAGUUUACCCACAUACCGCAAACGUCUUCCAAAAUUUGAACAACGUUAGGGGGUUGUGAUUGGUUAUGAAGAUUAAGCUGGGGGAUUUGAGCCUAUCAGAAAAUGAGAACUAUUUUGAAUGAAUAAUUAAUUGUUUUUAUUGAUGGUUUUAGAUCAUAUUCCGUGCAGAAAACGGUGGCGGCCAGCUGGUAGCGCAGCAUAGUGUCAACGACCCUCUUCAAUUCUGCGAUGGGGAGUGGCAUAAGAUACAAGUGUGGAAAAGAAACAAUGUUGUGAAAAUACAAGUGGAUGAAAACCCUUCUUAUGAGAGCGAGCCACUAGGAGCCCAGACCAGUGCUGAUAUCUAUGAUCCACUGUAUGUCGGAGGACUGCCGCCUGGUACGGUGACAAAUCCUUUUAUCUUCCUAAAAAACAUAAAACUGUAAAUUUUUCUGAAAGUAAGCCCCUACUUUUGUAAGCUCCUCCAAAUAAAACCUGUAGUCCAGAACACUCUUUACCACUGGGCAACCAGGCCUCCUUUAAUUCAAAAAGUGGAAUAAUGAAUUCCGUUUUCACUCUCUAUAAGACGGUCACCUCCCUAAAACGGAGGCCUAGUGUUGGACCCUGCUGUUCUUCAGUCAUAUUCUCUGACUCUGUAUGAGGCAGACACCUCCCUAAAAUGGACACCUAGAGUUGGUCCUUUUGGUUUUUCAUUCAUUUUCAUUGAUUCUCUUUAAAGACCGACACCUCCUUAAAAUGGACACCUAGAGUUGGUCCCUUACGAUCUUCAGUCAUUUUCAUUGACUCGGUAUAAGGCGGACACCUUCCUAAAAUGGACACCUAGAGUUGGUCCCUUACGUUCUUCAGUCAUUUUCUUUGACUCUCUGUAAGACUGAAUGGACACCUAGUCCUAGCGUUGGAUGUACAGUUUCUUGUUUUUCAAGCAGUAUUGCUUAUUAAACGAUUGUAUUUUGUUUUGUAGUGGGCGAAACUGCCAAGGGUGUUACAGUAACAGAAGGUUAUACAGGAUGUGUGCGUAACUUGAUUUCCAAGAAACCUGGCGGAGACCCUCAGACUCUGUACCUUGCUAAUCCGCUGAUGAUGGGUGGUAAUUUGUAUCUUGGUGGAUGUCCUUACAAGUGAUUAAAUUUUUCUUUAGAUAUCUGUCAAGAGAAAGAUAUAAGGGAUAUUUUGCACUUUCUAAGCAGCCUUAAUAGCAUUUUUAUUAGCUUAUAAGUAACGUAAUUUU